AUGUCUUUCUACCCUCCCGGCUGGGACUACGAGCGCGUAAUGAACUGCGCCUAUGAGGACUUCGGCACCCUCACCGAGGAACAACACACAACCAUGCUAAAUGGCCUCAAGGAAGCAGGCUUGUACCAAGCUUUCGAAGACAAAAUACAGGCAAAGGUCAUGGAAUCCCAGGCAGCAGCUCGACUCGCCGAAGAAGCCACCAAAACAGAAGAACAAAAACUUGCAGACCGCGAAAGCUGGGCUCCUUACAUCGACACCUUGAAGAAUGUCUUUAAAUUCGAGCCGGAAUGGUCGGAGUGGGGAUUUGUGGUCUUUCGCGCUACGGCCUAUAGAACUGAGGAUGACGCGAAGUGGUCAGAGUUUCGCCGACGCUGGGACCAGAUCAUUGAAGAGGAGCAUGCGGAUCAGCGCGGGUUUCAUCCCAAGUCAGAUCGGGCGAUUGAACUGCUGCGGUUCCGGUGGGUGGAGGAUCCGUCGUUGGAGGGGGCGUCGGCUGUUGAGGUUUCUCGGCGCUUUGACAAGAUGUUGCGGGACCUUCCCACUGGACUCACCACGACGGCCUGCCUCAUGGUAAACACCGAGGCUCUGGAGUCGGUCCUCAACUCACUACUUCCUUCUUCAGCUCCCUUGAAGGGUCGGAAGGAGAUUCCAUAUGUGGUUGCGGUCUCCAGGGCCGCGCACUAUCCACGCCCUGAGCCCACCCCUGGAGAAGAUGAAGAUGUCUUUGGUCAAGAUUUCAAAGGAUACUUUAAUGUUGCGGUUGAGACCCUUUUGACAAAUUUCUACCCCAUGGUCGCACUGGAUAUCAUGGACUUACCGAGACUGACGAGUCGCAUGCGACACGACAAGGAUAUUUGGUGCGAUACCUAUCGGGGAGGGAUACGCCAUUAUCUGGAAGAGUCCAGUUGA